AAAAAAGGAGUAAACCUCCUCCCAUGUGGUGUUUGAAGUGUCUGGAGUAAAUCAGACUGAAUGAGUGAACCAGUUCCUGACUGCAGAGUCGCCUGAGCUGCUUCAUCCAGUUUACAGAUACUGAUGGUCAGCUUGCUGCUGAAAUGCUGCAUGUGUGGAUAACACUGUGUUUACUGUGGCAAGGAACCAGCAGCUUCCUGAUCCACAACAGUUUGGAGAAUCUGUGCCUGGAGGACUCGCUCAGUGAGACAGCGGUUCACUUACAGAGAUGCAGCGUGGACUCAGAGCUUCAGCAGUGGACCUGGACAGAUCGCUGGUUCCUCAUGAACCUGCACACACACAGAUGUCUGUCUGCCUUCGACACAGACCUGGUCCGGACCGUCGACUGUGACGGUGGAGACGAGCUGCGCUGGGGGUGUGAGAACCACAGGCUCGUCAGUCUGAACCGUUCUCUAGAGCUGGGUAGUCUCAGGGACAGACUGGUGCUGACCAACACGGGGAAAAAUACUCGCUGGAAGUCUCUGGAUGAAGGGGACAUCUGCCAGGAGAAGCUCAGAGCCAGAAAGCAAAGGGACGUUUAUGAGUCUCCAGAGGCUGGGGACACAAUGACGGAGGAACAAAGAGAGUACCUGAGAUGGUACUACCGCUCUGAGGAUCCGACCCCGUGGAAGUUUGCCAUGCUGGCGCUGUCUCUGGUGGCUCUGCUGUUUGGAUGUGUGCUCUGCGUCAUGGACAUGAUGAGUAACAAACACCGGAGUAAGAUAGCUGUAUACAAGGCUGCUGCCGCUUCCAUAAAGGUUGAAAUGGAGGAGCUUCAGGUCAUCACAGGGGUCAAAGAGGACAACUCUUACACUGCCCCGAUACAGGACGGUCAUCCUAACAGCACAGUACCGGUGGAUGAGCCCAGCGAGACCAGCUCACUGAAAGCUGGGGACAUUAUGGUUACAUGGAAGGAUGGAAAAGUGUCAAAUCUGCUCCAUGAUCCUUCAGAGGAAGAGGAGAAGUAGUACACGAGUAAAAACAUGGACCGUUUCCCCUUCCUGCCUCACUAUACUACUAUAUCCAGGCUCAUUUUAGUCUGAUUUUACAUUUACGUUUUAAGCAUUUAGCAGACGCUUUUAUCCAAAGCGACUUGAAGUUGCGACGGUAUACAAUCUAAGCGAUUAAGGGUUAAGGGCCUUGCUCAAGGGCCCAACAGUGGCAACCAGGCAGUGGUGAGGCUUGAACCCGGCAACCUUCUGAUUACUGGACCAGUGCCUUAACCACUAGGCUACAACUGCCCUAGAGUCUUUUAGUCUGUACUUAAAUUCUGACCUACGUCCAUUUAGUCCUGCCAAGGUAAAUAAAUGCAUCCUGAUGACCUUGUCCUUAAAA